CUCAUUUGUAGGAGAGGCUUGUGUGUUGUUGGUAAAAAAACAAAUGGUUGGUCUAACCCCAGUAGGGAUUAUUAUUAGGGGUUAUAUUCUAUUCGUUCAUUAUUUGGCCAACACCAAAAAGUAUCACUCUGUGCCCCGCUCUCCCCUAUGUCUUGCUGGAUGCAUCACAUUGAAGCUGAAUACUUCAAAUAAAUUUAUAUUAUUUCAAUCAAUAUAUGUCAGUUUUGUGGUUUGAGUUUAGCAGAACCCUCUCCAUUACAUUUGUUGUGCUUCUUUGUCUACAGUUGCAUCAAUUUCUAACUAAUUAUGUAUUUAUGACGGCUUUUAAUCAAUUAAUUUAGCAGAGUUUUAUGUAUUCUAUGUGCUUUGCACAUGUCCUCAGUCAUUUGUUUUUAAAAGAAAACAUUGGUUAGUGCAGGGUCUGGUUACCAUAGUGAAGCGUGUUCUGAGAAUAGAACGCAUUCCAAAAGUGAACUGUAAGCCCUGCAGCACAGGAGAAACUCUUGUUGGUUUGUGGUAGUGGCGUUGAGCGGGUGUGUCUUUCGUUGCGAGUCUCCUGUAGUGAUUCUCAGCGAUUAAACAUCGGCCCGUUUGAGUGAUUCACGGUGCAAGACCGAAAUCAUCAUCCAGAUCAGCUACCAAACAAACCCCGAGUUCUUGACAGAAAGUCUGAAAACCAAACUGACGUCAUGAUUGAGCAUCUUCCACUGGGCGUUGACCCCGAGACAUCGGCUGCCAAAAUGGAGAACGACAAGAAGAAGAAAGUGAAAGAGACAAAGAAGAAAAAGAAGAGCAAGGUUGCUUUGUUCACCAGAGCGGCCUUGAGAUGGUUCUGCUUCUCUCCCAGUGAUGAGCCGUUCAGAUUCCCAUCCUCUGAUGGUAAAUGAUGCUUUUGGCAUCUACAGUAGAUGUUUCAGACUGUAAUGUUAUGAAUAAACUGUAUAUUUACUGCCCUGAUCUGGAGUUUACCAUGAAACUGACGGUGUGUAUGUGCAAACUGCAAUCAUCUGUCUUCUAACAGAUUAUGAGGUCUUUGAGAAGAGGAUGGUGGAGGAGGAGGAACUGAAGGAGAUGAAGCAGGAGGAGGAGGAGGAGGUGGAGAAGGAGAAGGAGGUGAAAGUGAAAGAGAGGAAGAAGAAGAAAAAGAAGAGCAAGGUUGCUUCGUUCACCAGAGCGGCCUUGAGAUGGUUCUGCUUCUCUCCCAGUGAUGAGCCAUUCAGAUUUCCUUCCUCAGAUGGUAAAUGAUGCUUUUGGCAUCUACAGUAGAUGUUUCAGACUGUAAUACUGUGAAUCUGGAGUUUAACAUGAAACUGACGGUGUGUAUGUGCAAACUGCAAUCAUCUGUCCUCUAACAGAUUAUGAGGUCUAUGAGAAGAGGAUGGUGGAGGAGGAGGAGGUGGUGAUGACGGAGGAGGUUGUGAUGACUGAGAAAGUGAACGAUAACACGAAGGAAGAGAAGACAGAGGAGGAGGUCAAGUAAAGAAAGGAGGAGGAGAUAAGCAGCCAGCUGUCAGAGGAGUUCUGGAGAAUGAAAUUGAGGGAGGAGGAGAAGGAAAGUGUGGUGGAGGAAAAUGAGGAAUUAAAACCCAUUGAAAAAGCGGAAGUGGAGGACAUGGAGAAAGACAAAGUGAAGAAGAAGACAAAGAGGAGAAGGAGGCCGAGGAGAAACCGCAGGGUGGAGGAGGAGGUGAAAGGACAGGAAAGUGAGGAGGUGGAAAAGAGCAUGGAGGAGAAAGAGACAAUAACUGACAUCGUAAGAAAGGAGGAGGUGGAGGAGAGGGUGGCGAACAGGAGGAGGAUGACCACAUGGACAGUUGACAGCUUGAAAGAGGAGUUGAACAGAAAGUUCCCGAUACACAAGCAGCACAUGUGGCCCAACAACAGACCUGCCUCCAAGGCCCAGGCUGCACGGCGGGGGAAAAACCGCCAUAUUCUGUUAUGGGGACAGAGAAACGUGUAGAACUCAAUAAAGUUGUGUUGAACAAAA